CGCACAGGACAGACAGAGUGGGUCGGCUCUGUGUUUACUUCCGGACUCCGAUUUAGACUUCGCUCAGGAGGCAGCGGUCUCCAGUGGAGGUUCAGGCUGUCAGCUUAGCACGGCAGCCAUACAAGGCUUCAUGACAGAGGUUACCCACUCGACCAGCGGCAUCCCAGCAGGCACGCUCUCGGCGCACGGCGCACAACGCACACCGGACACCGGACACCGCGACUCCCCGCCGCCGCCGCUCCGAUGCUGCUCUCCCGCUACCAGCUAACACACUGAUCUGACUGCGUCCCUGCCGCUUCAUGAUCCGAGCCAGCUGAGGAUCAAAACAAGGACAAUCGCUUCACAGUCUUAAGCGGCGUUUACCGCAUUUGACCGACCGACCGACCGACCGGCAUCCAGCAGCCGGGAGAGACGCGAGCCCCCGGGGAGAGCGACUGGGACUCGCGGGGCCAGGCAGCCAGGGGGCAGCGAGGGGUGGUGGCUGGAUCAACCUAAGGGGGUCGCCUCCAGCUCCUGGUGGAUUCAUCCCCUGCUAGCUAACGUGAGCUAAGCUAGCCCCAAACAGCGCCAUGGAUUGGUUAAUGGGGAAGUCGAAGACAAAGCCAAAUGGAAAGAAGCCUCCGGCAGAAGAGAAGAAGCAGUACUUGGAGCUAGAGUACACAAAAAUCCGUGUGGUGGAUUUUGACCUUAAAGAGCUUGUGGUGCUGCCCAGAGAGAUCGACCUCAACGAAUGGCUAGCCAGCAACACGACAACAUUCUUCAAUCUUAUCAACCUGCAGUACAGCACCAUCUCAGAGUUCUGCACUGGGGACACCUGUCAAGCCAUGACAGCCUGCAACACAAUAUACUACUGGUAUGACGAGAGGGGGAAGAAGACAAAGUGCACUGCUCCACAAUAUGUCGACUUUGUAAUGAGUCUUUGUCAGAAACUGGUCACAGAUGAGGAAAUCUUUCCUACAAAAUAUGGCAAAGAGUUCCCCAACUCCUUUGAGUCCUUGGUAAAGAAGAUCUGCCGGUACCUGUUCCACGUGCUGGCUCACCUCUACUGGGCGCACUUUAAAGAGACAGUGGCUCUGGAGCUGCAGGGCCACCUGAACACUCUGUAUGCACAUUUCAUCGUUUUCGUAAGGGAAUUCAACCUGGUUGACCCCAAGGAGACCUGUAUCAUGGACGACCUGUCCGAAGUUCUCUGCACCCCGGCCCCGCCACCCGCGCCCACCCCAGCCCCUUCUUCCCCCGCCUCAGCGCCCUCCCCUUCUUCACAAAACCACGUGACGGAGAGAUGAGCGGGGGGCGGCGUUGAGACAGCAGCCCCGGGGGUGAUUGAAGAUAAGAUAGAGGAGAGAAGCAAAGACAGCCUGGCCCCCUUCCUUGGUGCCAGCAGGACUUAAAGACCUUCCACUACCCUUAUAUUUCGCUAUGACACCAACCAACCAG